AUGGCGGGUCGCGGCCGACCGAAGAAGAACGGCGUCCAAGGGACUCGACGAAGCACGAUGAAGACCUUGCGGAAGAAAGGACCGACUUCCUCCGAUAGGGUCGCCAAAUCGAAGUCGAUGGCAGAGGCUAUAGGAGUGGAAGCACUCUCUGUUUCUGGCGAUGAGACGGAGGGAGAGGGGAUUGCGACGGCAAUGGAGCAGGAGGCUAUUACUCCCCGAGUCAUUUUUGGGCGCGCCCAUCAGGAACAGGAGGUUCGGUCGGAGGUUGGAGCUCACCAGACGGAGGUUGAGGCUAAAUCUGGUAAGAUUUCUAUAUCCCCGAUUCUUCACUCUGGGGAGAUUACACAGAAUUUAAAUCAUAGAUUUGGAGAAUCUGAAGCAAAAGUGAAAUGCCCAUCUGGGGUUAAAAUUGAUAUGGAAGACAUUCAAGAGGAAAUCGAUUAUUGGGAUUCUGCCUUAGUAUGCUAUGUACUGGGAGCAAACAUUCCUUUUCAUGUUUUUGAUGGAUUUGCUAACAGAAUGUGGAAGGAUAAAGGAUUGCAUAAGGUGGGAGUAUUAGCGAAAGGAAUUCAUAUUGUUAGAUUCACUUCAGUGACUGCCAGGGAUGAGGUUCUUCACGGAGGGUAUAUGUUUUUUGACAAGAAGCCAGUUAUUAUGAAAGCCUGGGAUCCCUAUACUGAUUUUACUCAGGCAAAUGUCUGUUCGGUAGCUACUUGGAUUCAAAUCCCUGGAUUGGAUCUUAGAUACUGGGGGGAACGGACACUGUUCAAAAUUGUUGGGCAAUUAGGGACUCCUCUAAUGCUAGAUGAGGUGACCAAGAACAAAGAGCUAUUGAAUUUCCCUCGGGUGAUGAUUGAGGUGCAGCUACACCAAUCCUUUCCUGAUGAAAUUUCGUUCACUAAUGAACUGAAUCAGGAAGUUGUGUUGCCGGUGAAAUAUGAGUGGCUACCGAUUGUUUGUGAUCAUUGUUUUGGUAUGGGGCAUAAGUCAGCGGUGUGCAAGAAGAAAGAGGUGCCAAAGCAGGCAUGGGUGGUGAAAAAGAAAGAGGCAGCGACGAACAUAAACAGCAAAACAGUUGAGGGACACGAGGAUGAUGGCUUUCAACAAGUUACAAAGGGAGUUAAAGGGGUCCGGAUGGAAGUGAAGGAAAGGACAGGUUUUGAAAUGUCAAAUAAUUUCGGGGUCUUAAUAGAUACAGGGGAAUGCUCUAAGAUUGAGAAUGAAGAGGAUCGUACACAGGGAGGGGGGAGCCUCCCUUGGGGAAUGGAUAGAAUAUUGUGUUGGAAUGUCAGGGGGAUCAAUAAGCGCCAAAAACAGGAGGAGGUUAAAAGAUUGAUUUUCUCGAUGCAAGUUGGUCUUGUUGGUCUCCUUGAAACCAAAAUACAGGCUCACAAGUUGGGUGCUGUAUAUGUAAAUAUGUUCUCGGGAUGGUGUUUUUCUACCAAUAACGCCUGGCACAAAGGUGGAAGAAUAAUGGAGAAUAGACGAAUUUUGUGGAAAGAUUUGAAAGAGAUUGAGAAGGAAUUGAAGGCACCUUGGCUGGUUUUAGGUGACUUUAAUGACAUUUUGAGUGUAGAAGAAAGGAUCGGGGGGAACAAAAGGCAGCAGGUUUCGAAAGACUUUAAAGAGUGUGUAGAGGCUUGCGAGUUGGAGGAUUUGAAGUUCACAGGUAGUUUCUUUACUUGGUCGAAUAAACAAGCUGCUGAAACAAGAAUUUACUCCAAAAUAGAUCGGGUUUUAGCUAAUCAGAAAUGGCUAGAUAAAUUCCCCACUGCUGAGGUAUUGUUUAUGGCGGAAGGAGAGUUUGAUCACUGUCCCGCGUUGCUUUCGGUGUAUCCGGUUGGGCAGCAAGGCAAGAAACCGUUUAGAUACUUUCGUUUUUGGAACACUGCUCCAGGUUUUGCCCAGCAGCUACAGCAAGUUUGGAAUAUGAGCAUUGAAGGUGCUCCUAUGUUCAUACUAGUACAGAAGCUUAAGGCAUUCAAGGAAAGGUUGAGGCAGUUGAAUAAAAAUGAGUUUGGGGAUGUACAGGCUAUGGAGGUGCGGCUAAGGCAGACUUUGUUGGACAGCCAAGAAGAAUUGCAAAAAGACCCCCUAAAUGCGGAUUUGAUCAUUAAAGAAAAAACUGCUAGGACCCAACACAAGGCAGCACACCAGAUUUUUAUUUCCUUCCUUCAGCAAAAAGCCAAGAUAGCCUGGCUUAAGGAUGGAGAUGACAACUCUGCCAUUUUUCAUGCUAGCAUUCGCUCUAGGAGGGCCUUAAACAGAAUUUAUUCUAUUCAUGAUCAGCAAGGGAACAAGAUUCAUCAACCUGAGCAAGUAACAGAGGUGUUUUUAAGCUUUUAUAAGACUUUACUGGGUUGUUCACUCAUUGGGAGGAAGGCUGUCAGUAGACGAAUUGUGACUUUAGGCCCGAUUAUUACUGCAAACCAUACAAGAUUAUUGUUGUCCGACUAUUCUCAUGAGGAUGUGAAAAGAGCAGUGUUUGAUAUUCCGGGGAAUAAGUCGCCUGGACCAGAUGGAUUUAGUAGCUUCUUUUAUCAAGAUAACUGGGAGGUGAUUGGGCUUGAUGUGGGUGAAGCGGUUCUUUCUUGGUUGCAUACAGGGAAGCUCCUUAAAGAAAUCAAUUCAACCACCUUGACAUUAAUCCCAAAAGGUAAUUACCCGAACUCUGUCUUGGACUUUCGACCCAUAGCUUGUUGCAACGUGAUUUACAAGAUUGCAACCAAACUCAUAUGCUCUAGACUGCGAAUGAUUCUUCCUGAUAUCAUUGCUCAAAACCAAAGUGGGUUUGUCCAAGGUAGAUUCAUAGCAUAUAACACUAUGAUUUGUCAGGACUUGGUGAGGCAUUAUGGGAGGAAGGGGAGGCGUCCCAAAUGCAUGAUAAAAUUAGAUAUAAGGAAAGCAUAUGAUACAAUUGAAUGGGACUUUAUUGAAGAGAUGCUGAAUGCUUUCAAGUUUCCGAAAAAGUUUGUGGAUCUAGUUAUGAUGUGUGUAAGAACUCCUCGUUUUAGUCUUAUGUUUAAUGGGAGUUUGCAUGGGUUUUUUGAAGCCAAGAGGGGUCUUCGUCAAGGAGACCCAAUGUCUCCUCUUCUUUUUGCCUUGGGCAUGGAAUAUUUAUCAAGAGUGAUGAUGAAGGUUGGGGAGAAAGAAGAUUUUAAGUUCCAUGAUCGAUGUGAACAACUAAAAUUGAAUCAUCUUUGCUUUGCGGAUGAUGUCUUGCUUUUUUGUCAUGGUGACUUUAAAUCGAUUUACUGUAUGCUUCAAGGUCUCAAGCUUUUUUCUCAAACUUCGGGUCUACAACCAAGUGAGGCCAAAUCUGAACUUUAUUGUUGCAACAUGGCUGAAAGUGAAGUUCAAAGAGUGGUGGAUGCCUCUAGAUUUGGAAGGAGCCAGCUGCCAUUUCGUUACUUGGGCAUUCCGAUUUGUGCCAAAAAAUUGCCUAUUGCUGAAUGUGACAUUUUGAUAGAGAAGAUGGUGCAAAGAAUCAAAGUGUGGAGUUCAAGGAACUUGUCUUAUGCAGGGGUGGAUUCAAGCGGUCCGGGAUUAGUAGCUUGGGAGGAUUUGUGUAAGACCAAAAAAGAAGGUGGAUUGGGGUUCAGAAGAACCAAAGAAUGGAAUGAGGCGGCAAUAGGCAAAUAUGUUUGGGCUAUUGAAUCUAAAAAGGACACAUUAUGGGUGAAAUGGGUGAAUGCAGUGUAUAUAGGAGAAGAAGAUUGGAGGGCCUAUGAGGCUCCUCCUUCCAGCAGCUGGUAUUGGAAGCAAAUUGUAAGAGUGAAGAACAAAUUGAUGGGGCUGAAUGUCUUCCCAAGCUCUGCAACAGGUACAUACUUGAUCAAAGAGGGAUAUGCUAGCCUUUGUCCUGAAUUUCCAGCGAUUAAUUGGCAAGGACAAGUGUGGAAUAGACUGUCUAUACCAAAGCAUAGAUUUAUUUUAUGGCUUGUGGUUUUAGAUAGAUUGAGACUCAAAACCAGAUUGUUCACAUAUAAUAUUUGUCCAGAUGAGGAUUGUCCAAUUUGUGGAAUGAGCAAGGAGACAGGAGAGCAUUUAUUCUUUAUCUGUCAGUUGAGUUUUCAGGUGUUGGCUGAAAUUAAACAGUGGCUGCAUUGGACUACCACUAUGGUUAGCGUCCCUGGUUUGUUGCAAUGGAUUUCUAGAGCAAAACUCAACAGGUUCAGGCGCCAAGUUUUUUCAGCGACACUUGCGGCAACAAUAUAUCACAUAUGGUGGUGUAGAAAUGAAGCUCUUUGGAGCAUGAAAACUUAUACAAUUACUGUAGUUGUAAAAAGAAUCAAAUAUGAUGUAAAGAGUAGAAUCACAAGUAUUUUGCCCAAAAAAGUGGCAAAACAGGAUUUAGCAUGGUUUGAGCAAUUGUAA